GCGUAAAACACCGGUAUAAAAGCCGGCCGGUGCCGCCCUAGCAGUUUAUUUCCCCGCAAAUCGAGUCGGCUUGUGUCAGAUCGAGACCUACAACAAAGAAACCCUUCAAGAUGUCCCUGAUUCCGUUUUUGUUCGAUGAUUCUCACCUCUUUCAUCCAUCCAGGCUGCUGGAUCAGCGCUUUGGCUUGGCCCUGGACCCGGAGGAUCUCCUGCAGCCGGUGACUUACCCCAGGAGCGUGGUUCGAUGUCCUGCGGGGUAUCUGCGUCCUUGGCGGUCCCACAAUUCCCACGAUGAUUCUGGCUCUGUGGUGACAUAUGGCAAGGACAAGUUCCAAGCCAACUUGGACGUUCAGCAGUUCAAACCGGAAGAGAUCACGGUCAAGGUCACAGGAGACAACGUACUUACUAUCGAGGGAAAGCAUGAGGAAAAACCCGAUGAGCAUGGACACAUUUACAGACACUUCGUCAGGAAAUACACCGUUCCAAAGAACUUUGACAUCGGCAAAGUGGAAUCCAAGCUGUCUUCAGACGGCGUACUCAGCAUCACAGCUCCGAGGAUCGACGAUGACAAGACUGAACACAAAUCAAUCCCCAUCACUCAGACGGGAGAACCUGUCAAAGCUGUCAAAGCUAAGGAAUCCAAGUAAAACGGGACCAAUCGCAAACCAUCACUUAUUUUGUCAAUUUGUAAUACUUUUCCUAAGCGCUACGCUUAGAUGCAGUUUUUGGGAGAGUUUGUCUGAGUAGAUAUUAGUUUUUCAGGAGUAGCUCUUGUAAAAUAAUGUUAUUUCUUCUUACAGAAGAGUCUAGCGACGCUAAAGUACAUUAUGUCCGAAAACGGUAGCUUCACAAGCAAACUUUCCAGUUUAUACGUGUCUAGCUAGAACACUGCGGCCCACUUUCUCAACGGCAAAUUGAAGUUCACGUCUUAACCUGUAGUUAACUGGCAGUUAGCGUGACAGACAGUUGUUGAUAUGGCAACACUGCUUUUGUGACACUAUACUUUUGUAUUGGUGACAGUCCUGAUAAUGUCAAACAGGCUUAGCUACAAACUGCUAAUUGUUUUUUGUGAGUAGGCUUUGAUUUGCGAUUGUAAAAGUUGGGCCUAAAAUACGUCGCUGAGAUACUGUGCUGUGGAAAUCCUACUAUAGUUGUUGUGUAGUUGUUUCAAGUUGAUGUAUGCUUAUAAGAUUUUUCAAAAUGUUAUUUUAGUGAUAAGAACUGAUUUUAGAUACGAUCAUAUACGCAUAAUUACUUGUAGCUUAUUAAUAUCAUCAACACAGUCAUCUAACAAAUACUGCCGAUGUUCUGAAUGAAAUCUGUAUUUUUACUUUCACUAAAUAUAUAUGUCGUGAAUCUUAUUUUUUCUUCAUCUCAUUUUAAGCGCGAUAAUUGGAGAUAAAAUUUGUCCCCAAUUGCCGGUGCACGAACCACACGUAACACGCCUAGUAAUUCCCGGAUUUAUCAACCUCAGAGUAGGGCAUCCAGUUAUUGAACUCUUCCG